AUGGGCAACUGCCUCGCGCCGCCAGCGGAUGUGAAGCAGCGCCGCGGCGCCGCGGCGGCGCGCCUCAAGGCGUGGCGCGCGACCGGCAUCGUCACCCUGCCCCCGGGAUCAAAAGAGGUGCCCGCGGCGGUGUUUGAGGAGCUCGCGGCGGCGGUCAAAGUGCUUGACUGCGGCGGCGCGGCGCUGCAGCAGCUGCCGCCCGAGGUUGGGCGCCUGGUCAACCUGACGAGGCUCGCGGCGCCCAACAAUCAGCUGACAUCCCUGCCACCAGAGAUCGGCUCCCUGACAGCCCUCAAAACCCUGCAGCUCGACGGCAACCAGAUCUCAGAUCUGCCGCCAGGCGCCGCCCUCUCCGGCCUCCGGCGCCUGGAGACCCUCUCCCUAUCCAACAACCGCCUCCGCGCGCUGCCGGCGUCGCUCGGCGCGCUGGGGGCGCUGCGGGCGCUGGGCUGCGCCAACAAUCGCCUCGAGUCGCUCCCGCCGGAGCUCGGCGGCUCCAGCGCGCUCGAGUCGCUGGACGUUUCCGGCAACCCGGGGCUAGCGAGGCUCCCGGAGGAGCUGGGGCGGCUGGGGCGGCUCAAGUCGCUGCUGGCGGACGGGACGGGGGUGGCGGAAGUGCCGGCGGCGCUGCUCGUUGGCUGCACUUCGUUGCAGACGCUCAGCUUGCACGGCUGCCCGAUCACCGCCGAGCGCCUCGCCUCGACCCCCGGCUUUGAGGACUUCGAGGCGCGGCGACGCGGCAAGUUCACCAAGAUGAUCGCCGGCGGCAUCGCGCCGUCCAAGGGACUCGACGAGGGCGUCGACCGCGAGCUCAUGCCCGGUGGUCCGGGCUCGCGGCCGACGUCUCGGUAG